AUGAAGAAAUCCGUCCUCAAAAUGCCCAUCGUCGACAUCCACACACAUAUUUACCCACCCUCCUACGUCGACCUCCUCCGCUCCCGGAAAACAGUCCCCUAUGUCCGCAACUUCGAAGAUGCCCCAGAUUCCAGCCGUCUGAUUAUCCUCCCCGGCGAAGAUGACCCCAGCACGCCGUCCACCUCUCGCGGCCGCCCCAUCGGCGCAGAGUACUACGACAUCAAGCAGAAAAUCGCCUUCAUGGACCAGCACAAAAUCGACAAGUCCGUCAUCUCGCUCGCAAACCCAUGGCUGGAUUUCCUCCCCGCCUCCGAAGCAGGAGACGCAGCGCGCAAAAUCAACGACGAUGUAAAUGAGAUAUGUGCGGGGUAUCCAGGGCGGUUAUACGCGUUUGGCACGCUGCCUUUGAGCGCGGAUGCAGACACCAUCGUUAAGGAGGUGGAUCGCUUGUCUAGUUUGAAAUACAUGCGUGGCGUGAUCAUGGGGACUUCCGGUCUUGGAAACGGUUUAGACGAUACUAAGCUUGACCCUGUGUGGGCGGCGAUAGAAAAAGCAGGGCAGAUGAUCUUCCUGCAUCCGCACUAUGGACUGCCCAAGGAAGUGUACGGGCCUAGAGCGAAUGAGUAUGGACACGUUCUUCCGCUUGCGUUGGGGUUCCCGCUUGAGACGACGAUCGCGGUGAGUAGGAUGUUGCUGAGUGGAGUGUGGGAUCGGUUUACGAAGUUGAACGUGCUGCUUGCGCACUCGGGGGGUACGCUGCCUUUUUUGGCGGGCAGGAUUGAGAGUUGUAUCUUGCAUGAUGGGCAUUUGAAGAAGGCGGGGACGAGGGAUAAUAGGAGGAAGGUUUGGGAUAUAUUGAAGACGAAUAUCUAUCUCGAUGCUGUGAUAUACUCGGAAGUGGGUCUGGGGGCUGCGGUAGCAGCGAGUGGAGCUGAUCGGUUGCUGUUUGGUACGGAUCAUCCGUUCUUCCCGCCGCUGGAAGAAGAUGUCGAGGAGUGGCAUAGCGUGAACGCGAAUUACACCGCGAUAGCGAAAGUCUUUGACAAUGACGGGCGGGCGAAGGACGUUCUUGGUAACAAUGCUGUGCGGAUACUCAAGUUGGACGAGUAG